AUGGCCGCUACCUUCAAGAACAUCAAGGCUCUCCAGCCCCUUCUUGACCGAGUCUUGGUCCAGCGAUUCAAGGCCGACACUAAGACCGCCUCUGGUAUCUUCCUCCCCUCUGCCGCCACCCAAAACCCCCUUCCGGAGGCUACCGUCAUUGCCGUCGGCCCCGGUGCCGUCAACAAGGACGGUCAGCUUACCCCUACGUCUGUAAAGGUCGGAGACAAGGUGUUGUUGCCUGGUUGGGGCGGUAGCCCCAUCAAGGUCGGUGAGGAGGAGUACCACCUUUUCAAGGACGCCGAAAUCCUCGCCAAGAUCAGCGAGUAA